CCAAAAGCCGACAGACCCGGAAGGGUCAUCGGAGGAAACCGAAUAACCCCGAAGGGUCAUCGGAGGGGGGAGCACAUGCCGGCUCCAGCAUGCUUAAGCGGCUGGGGAGCCCAGCGACUCAAGCAUCAAAAACUUCGGAAGCUCAAAGGUUUCCGAUCAAAAAAACGCCACACCGGAGAAGAAAGCAGAAGUAAGAGAGAAGGGAGAGAAAAGGGGGGGAGAGAGAGAGAAAGUAGUACAAUAUUCAAAGUGCCUCUUUUUUGGGUGGGAAGAAGAGGAGGGAACAAAUUCUGUUGGCUGUGUCCUGCGGACAUAAAAUAUUUGUCACGUC